AUGGGUUAUAUCACAGUAACGUGUCACUUCCUGACUGCAGACUGGUCACUACAUUCAGCAGUGUUAUCAACGACGCAUGUGGACCAGUCGCAUACUGCAGUUCACCUUUCAGAAGUGCUAAAGAACAUCACCGAUCAGUGGAACAUAACCAGCAAAGUAGUAUGUGUAACUACCGAUAAUGCUCUAAAUAUCACGAAUGCAGUUUGCCACAACUCCUGGAAGAACUUACCUUGCUUUACUCACGAAAUCAAUCUUGUUGUUACAAACUCACUUUCAGAGUUAACCGAUCUCUCAAGAUUAAUACAGUCAGUGAAAGACAUUGUAAGCUACUUUCACAGGAGUACAAAAGCUUCGGACAAUCUCAAGACUAUACAAGCUCGUCUUAACUUACCAGAACAUAAACUAAUACAGCAUGUAGAAACAAGAUGGAAUAGUGUGUUCUACAUGUUGGAGAGAUAUAUAGAGCAGGACGAAGCCAUUUGUACAGCACUCUGCCUUUUAAAUCGCAAUGAUUUACUUAUUGACGUUGACAAGCUUGUAACGCUCCAAGAAACGGUUGACACGCUACGUCUAUUUGAAGCUGUUACAACAGAGAUGUCAGCUGAAAAGCAUUUGUCAGCCUCUAAGAUGAUACCUAUUACCAAGGCCCAAAUAAAGGUGACAACAGAAACGACAAAUAACUUGGCACUUAAACUUGUCGAUCAUAUGAAGGUCAGGUUCUUGAAUAUGGAGGGAAAUCCCAUACUAGCUGCAGCAACAAUUCUGGAUCCCCGUUUUAAGACCUUUGCCUUUGCUGAUCAGGGAGCAGCAGAGAGAAGUUGGACAGCAUUGGUAGCUCAGUGUGGGUCCCAAACUCAAGUAGAAGACAGCUGA